GGCGCGGGACGGCGGCGCGGGGUGCCGGGAGCCAUGGGCUAUUGCAGCGGCCGGUGCACGCUGGUGGCCGUGUGCGGCGCGCAGCUGGUUUCUGUGCUCGAGAGGCAGAUAUUUGACUUCCUUGGUUAUCAGUGGGCACCCAUCCUCGCAAAUUUUAUACACAUUAUUAUAGUCAUACUUGGCUUAUUUGGAACCAUCCAGUAUAGACCUCGUUACAUAACAGGAUAUGCUAUCUGGCUGGUCCUUUGGGUUACAUGGAACGUGUUUGUUAUCUGCUUCUAUUUGGAGGCUGGAGACCUUUCAAAGGAAACAGAUCUCAUUCUGACCUUUAACAUCUCCAUGCACCGUUCUUGGUGGAUGGAGAAUGGGCCAGGCUGCACCGUGACCUCAGUAACCCCAGCACCAGACUGGGCACCAGAGGAUCAUCGUUAUAUCACUGUCUCGGGGUGCUUCCUGGAAUAUCAGUACAUAGAAGUGGCUCACAGUUCCCUUCAGAUCUUCCUUGCACUGGCAGGCUUCAUCUAUGCCUGUUAUGUUGUGAAGUGUAUUACUGAAGAAGAGGACAGCUUUGAUUUCAUAGGUGGAUUUGACUCUUACGGCUAUCAAGGUCCACAGAAGACAUCUCAUUUACAGCUACAGCCCAUGUAUAUGUCAAAGUAAACAUGGGGACUACUCAAGGUGGGCUGGAGGACCUUUCAAAAAAUCUCUUUCAGGAUGGCCUCCUGGUUCUCCAAAGAGAAAAGAAAUCCAGUUGUUGUGCUACAAAUAGUGUAUAAAAGCUGAUUGAACAGUGAGACAGAAAACAACAGAGAUCUUCAGCCUCUCUUUCUAACAGGUACUAAAGGAGAUGCCCCAGACCCCCUCCUUGGACCUCCUGCCUCGCAGCACCAGAGGGACACAGCAGAGGCAUUGGUGCCACCUUUUGUCCCUUUCUUUCCCCUGCCACCGCCAGCAGGGCCCAUCUGGAUUAAGACAUGAACCCAGCCCAGCCCAGUCAGUGCUGUGGGAGCCUCCUCCACACUCUGGGCCACGUUGAGUCUCCUCAGUCCACACAACACUGAAAUACCAGGAUGACCUUGCAGCAGAAGUCAAUAGACAGCGCAUUGUUUGCCCUGAAGGCUGUACAGUUCAUACUUGCCUUAACCCAACUGCGUUGCACAUUAGAGAAACUACGUGCAAGCUUUCUGAAGUUAACAUGCUGCUGUUAACUCUGAACGAUUUCAAAGUCAGUGGUUUUCUUCUGUUUGGUUUUGCUUUGUUUUCAUGUCAGGGAAUAAGGCUCUGUUGGUCCAUGGCUCCAGAGCAACCAAGUAGAAAACUGCCAGCUGUCUGAUAAGUGCUUUACUUUUGGGGCUCCACAGUGGUCAAGAAACAGUUUAUAAUGAUUAAAAAGAAAAAUGAAUAAAUAAAUAAAUGAGACCUUUUGGGGGUCAGGGUGGGGAAAGGGGUAACAGAAACUAAUAAUUGAACCUACUGGAAAUAAGCAGCAGAAAUAGUGCUUCUUAAUCCCGCUGGUUUUAUUUAUUGCACUGUAGGUGCUUUUAUAGCUAUCUCUAAACAUCUUUUACUAACUACAGACACAUCUGCAGAUUUCUAUGAACAAAGGCCAACUGAAUAUGUACUAGCUACGUUUACUCUUUUAUAUCUUAUUUCAACUAAAAUUUCUCUGUAAGUGAACUUUUUUUUCUAAUUGCACCAUAAGGGAUCCACAUAUUUUAUUUUUCGAUUUUGGUUGAAGAGGGCAGGGAGGGACUAGUUGAGUUGAAGAAAUACUGAAGACCUUUUUGUGGUAUAUUUGGGGGAUCUGUUGUGUGUUAGAACGUGUAUUUUAUCUUCCUGUAUUAUUGUGGCUGAAAAAACUCUGUGCUGUUAUGUAGUUGGCAACAAGAUGCCUUUGGGAAUUUUGCUAGUAGGUCAAUGUGUAUAUGAAAUACUCUGAACUCCUAGGAACAUAUGUUUUAUUCUACAUCUGAUCUGUAUUUUCAAGAACGUAGACGGCUUUCACUAGGAAAACCCAAUAUUUUGCUCAGGUUUUUCAGGAACUUGGAUUGUCAUUGUUUCUUUGCUCAGACCUUGCAUAGACAAACGCACGCACCUACCACACCUGAGGUGACCACAUAGCUUUUGAGGGCAAGAGGGAAGGUCAGUGCUUGGAAAUGCUCGAGGCACCCCCGAGCAACUCCCUUUUCCCUGCUGGCCAAACCCUUGCUCCAAAGGCCUGUGCACUCACACCACUCACCCAUCCCUGUACGAGCCAGUGCCCUUUGCUGUGUCUGCAUGGAUGUACAGUGUCACAAGCAGCAACUCUGGACAAUGACAGAGGAACAGGCAUUCCCCAGAGAACACAAGAUACGGGACAUGUUCAGGAACUAUACCUACAUUGAUUCGGUGAGAUUUAUAUAGAUAUAGGUAGAUAUAUAUAUAUGUAAGUGUGUGAAUGUGUGUGUAUGUCUAUGUAUAUAAAAUACACAGGACUAACUAUUGUUGGGGGCUGCAUCACCCAGGAAGAUUCUGAUGCAGUGUACUGAGGGUUCCCAUCUCAGAUACGGCUGGGAAUUUCAUGCGUGAAACAUGAAUGUCCCCUAGGCCUGAUCCUGUAAAGCAUUCAUUGCUGGUUUGGAUCUCAAAUUUAAAUUUUCAUACUUGGGUACCUGAAAAUCUGAGUUCCUACUGGAUAGAGCUGCUUUUCACCCCCUGGAAACUCCAUGCAACUUCCAACUGACAAGCUGAAAUUUCCCAUAACUUGAAAGAUUUUAAAAGUUUCUACUUUUAUGUAGUAUUAAAUAU